CUGCCUCUCUCCUAAGAAUUUGGUUAUAGUUCUUCUAGGGUUGUUUUCUUUCCAAUUAUAACCCUCUCUUCCUCUUCCUUUCUUUGCUAAUUCCAAUCCAUAACCAAAUAAGCUUCUCUCUCUCUCUCUCUCUCUCAUGUCGUCGUUUCAAGAACACGAGUUCGAACCAGACGACGACGUUGGCACCUCCGAUCUCAGCUCCUCCGAGGACAACAACAACAACAAUGGAUUCACAAACGUUUCGUCUAUGGAAGAUCAAAACCCACCGCCGGUUUUGAAGGAAGAACCGAUUGAUUCGGAACCCGAAUCACCGGAUCAAAAACCUAUCAACAUCAACAACCCGGAAUCGCAAACUCCGAUUGGCAUGGUGCCUCUGAUGCAGAUGCAACUACCCAUUCAAGUGGCGUCGCCGGUCGCCGCCGCGGCGCGGCGGUCGUCGACAAAGGACCGCCAUACGAAGGUGGAGGGGCGAGGGAGGAGGAUCCGAAUACCCGCGACUUGCGCCGCUCGGAUCUUCCAACUGACCCGGGAACUCGGCCACAAGUCCGACGGCGAGACUGUGCGGUGGCUUUUAGAACACGCUGAGCAAGCCAUCAUCGAGGCCACCGGUACCGGUACCGUACCGGCCAUCGCUGUCUCGGUCGGCGGUACACUGAAAAUCCCCACAACAUCAUCGACGGCGAAGCAGGAGGAGAUCGAAGGCCGAAAGCGGCGGCGAAGGGCGUCGAACAGCGAGUUUUACGACGUCGCCGGCACGAACGACGGCGUUUCUCAGACGGCGGGGCUGGCUCCUGUGGUCCCUGCGGCGGUUGCGCCGCCGCAAGGAUUGGUGCCGGUUUGGGCGGUGAGUAACGCCGGGAUGAUGAUUCCGUCGAACGCGUUCUGGAUGAUUCCGCCGCCGCCGCACACGGCGGCGAGACCGGUGGCGGGAUUGAAUCAGCCGCAGUUAUGGGCGAUUUCGCCGUCGGUGACGCCGGUUUUUGAUGUGUCAGCGAGGCCGAUCUCGUCGUUUGUGUCGGCGCCGCAGCCGGUGGGUGGUGGGGUGGAAAUUAGGGCCCCGUCGCCGGCGGUGUCGGGAGCGACGUUUGGGACGAAGAAGUCGAGUAUGGCUCCGGCGAGCGUGAGCUCUGGGAGCAACAACAAAGCUCAGAUGCUGAGGGACUUUUCUUUGGAGAUUUAUGAUAAAAAGGAAUUGCAGUUUAUGGGUCGAUCUGGGAAUCAACAAACACAGUCUACUUCUUGAAAAUCUUCAAGAGAGAGAGAGAGAGAGCACUGCUUCCAUUUCCGGCGACCUCUCUCCGAACACUGAUCUUUUUUUUUUUAUAAUUUGUUUUUGGUCGUGUUAGGAAUUAGUUUUUUUUUUUUUUGGGUGAAUAAACCUUAUGUGUUUAGGGUCUUCCAAAUGGAUGUUGAACAAAGGUUUCAACAUGACUUUUUAAUUAGGAGUUUAUUGUAAAGUGGAGUCAAAUUAAAAUAAUGUAUUUUUGACCGACUUGGGAGAAGUUGUGGAAAUAAGCCUUCUUAUUAUUGACUUCUUUUUUUGGUCGGUGGGUAUUAUAGAUUUAUGUUGAAAUUUUUAUUUA